AGCCCUUUACGGCUCAGGCGGCGCAGGGCUGCAGAGCGGCCCCGACUUCGCGCGAGGCCCCCUCCUGGCCGUGGCAGCAUGGCAGCGCGCCGCCGGGGCGGCGCCGCGGCGGCCCUGGGGGCGCUGUGGCUUGUGGCCGCCCUGUCCCUGCACGUUUUCGGCUUCGUGGGCCAGGAGGUGGCCCGCGAGGGGCGGGUGAAGCCCACGCCGCACGACCAGAAGGAGGCCGUGGCCGGCGCGAGCACGCAGCGGGAGCUGCCGCCGGAGGCGCGGCCGCCAGGCGCUUUCGGGCCGGAGGCGCGGCCGCCAGGAGGCCUCUGCUGACGUCGGAGCCGAAGAAGCGGCACGAGCAUGGACUUCCGGAGGUCCGCGGGGAUUUUCUCGGGGCGGCGCCGCACACUGCGCACCCCGAGGCGGGAGCCCCGAAGCACGCCGCCGCCGCCGCGCCGAAGGGGAAGGGCGCCACCGCGGCCGUCCGGCAGGAGGCCGGCGCCGGCCUUGCCUUCGCCCGCGGCGGCGCGGGCGCCCGCGCCGCCGGGCCUGCCCCGAGGGCCGCUGGCGCGUCGCGCGGCGAGGACCUGCUGGGCCAGCGCCACGGCGGGUACGUGGCCUUCGGCAGCGGCUAGACGGGCGGCUUCUUCUGGGCCCCGGCGCACUGAGUCAUAUCGCCGCGAUAUCGUUCCUUUCUCGAUUUUCUCAUUCGUUUUCCCAUCCUGCCCCUCCUCCAUCCGCCUC